UGAGAUGAAGAGCAAAUACUGGUCGCUUCCAUCUCAAUGAAUUUUUAACAGAAGAGCUUUUAACGUGUUCUUUGUUCUGGCCUCCGUUUGUGUUUUUCAGCUGUAUUCUCUACAGACCUCCAGAGAAAGCUCUUGUCCCUCUUUCCAGGUCUCCCUCAGCGAAGCAAUCAGAUCCAUCAUGUUACGUGGCAGGAGGCAGUGAGAGGAGCACGAGCCGCAGCAGUCACCUUAAUGCAGAGCAGCUCCAACCUUCCCUCCCAUUGCUGCCCACCACGCUGCGACCACGCUGAGGGCACCAGAGAAAACCCUCCGGAUGAGAGAGAGUAACUGCAGGCGUGAUAAAUACCGUGCCAGGAAAAGCUGCUGGACAGGCUGGCUAGCUCCCUCCAAGCUUUCUUCAAACGAACCACCACAGGACCGUGUAAAUAAGAGCUGAUACUACGUGCCCAGGUACUGGACUCUUCUCAGUGCCCCAGUCUCUACGAUGAGUGGCAUAUCACUUCAUUUAUGCAGUUUCAUGCUGACUGGUAUUCUUUGCAACAACUAGGAAGGGUGAGUGAGAGACAAGGGCGAUGAGUGAAGCUGGGGACGAGUUGCCAACAGAUGGGAAUUCUCUCAUCAAAGCCGUCUACCAAAGCCGCCUUCGCCUCACCAGGCUGCUGCUAGAGGGGGGAGCCUACAUUAAUGAGAGCAAUGACAGAGGGGAAACCCCCUUAAUGAUUGCCUGUAAGACAAGGCACGUGGACUCCCAGAGCGUCAGCAAGGCCAAAAUGGUUAGAUAUCUCCUGGAAAACAAAGCAGAUCCAAACAUACAGGACAAAUCUGGAAAGACAGCCUUGAUGCACGCUUGCCUGGAACGAGCAGGCCCUGACGUGGUUUCUCUGCUGCUGCAAAGCGGGGCUGACCCAAGCCUACAGGACCACUCCAACUGCUCUGCCCUCGUGUAUGCAAUAAACGCCGAGGACAAAGAGACUCUCAACGUUCUGCUUCGUGCCUGCAGAGCAAGGGGGAAAGAAGUCAUCAUCAUCACCACGGACAAGUCUGCAUCUGGAAAGCAGACAACUAAACAGUAUCUAAACGUGCCUCCUGCUGACUCCGAGGAAUGCCCUUCUCCAACUGCUUGCACUUCCCCAUCAGAAAUAGAGCUGAAAACAUCUUCAUCUCCACUUUCAAGUUCAAAUGAAACUAAAAAAUCACUUUUCAGCUUUAAGGAGAUGGAUCAUCCACGAAGCCUGGACAACUCCACUGAGCCAGUUUCUCCUACUAGAAAAUCCAGUUCCCCACACGCAGGCGCCAAGCUGGCACAAGCAGAGCAGCUGCAGGCCAAGCCCUGGAAGAGGAGCUCUCCUUCACGGCUCCUCCAGAGCAAAGUUGCCUCUUUACAGGAAGAGCUUCAGGAUAUAACUCCAGAAGAGGAACUCUCUUUUAAAAUCAAUAGUCUCRCACUAUCAAAGAGAUUUAUCACCAGACACCAAAGUAUUGACGUAAAAGACACUGCUCACUUAYUGAAAACUUUUGAUCAAAUUGGAUCAAGGAAAUUAUCAUAUGAUGAAAUAAAUUCUCAGACUAUUUAUACUGAAGGGAAACAGAACUCCAGUGGGGUUUCUAUGGGUGAGGAUUCUGAUUUGGGACAAAUUAGCUUCAUUUCAACCCUGAGAAGCAUCAUUCAGAAAAGAGAUUCAGGAGCAAAUCACUACAGCUCGGAUUCUCAGUUAACUACUAGCUUGGGUCCUCCAGCUACAGAAGAUACCAAGUCAGUGAUAGGAAAGAAAAAGAUUCUUUCUCCAUCUGCCUCUUUGUUGUCAGGCUCUAGGGAAUUACUAGAGAAUGUGCCUGCUGUUCCUCUGAGCAGAAGAAAUCAAGCUUUUCUAGAAAGACGGAGCUCAGGAGCUUUGAUAUUGGAUCAUACUGCUCCAAGCAGGCCAGGUUUCCUUCCACCAUUAAACGUGAAUCCCCACCGCCCAACUUCAGAUGUUAGCUUAAUGAAUAAGGUUUCUGGGCUGAUUUCUUGUGGCCAGAAAGUUUUAGUACCAACAGCACCUGCUUUUCCAAAGGAGACCAAAAAUCAGAAAAUGCUGCUAAGGAGGCAGUCAUUACAAACUGAGCAGAUAAAGCAAUUAGUAAAUUUUUAAGGGGAGAAUAAAGGGUAAAAUCUCUACAAUGUGUACAUAUCCACAGUUCUAUCUGAUUGUAAUGAUACACAUCACAAAAGACAGAUCUAAAAUGUAAGGCUCUUAACUAGCUGUCUACCUUGGAAUGAGUUAGAUAGCUUGUAGCUCUGGGCAAGUUGUGUGAUAUCCUGAUUACUCUUAUGUUACCUAGUAUAAAACAGAGGYCUGAAUUUCUAAGAGACCAGAAAUACGUCUUCAUCUCCAAGUUACUGCUUAUUUUUAAGUACCUCUAUCUGAAAGAUAAUUUUUCUUCCUGCUUUAUGUUCCAUGGUUCCAAACAUCAAUCCUGUAUUUGUGCAGAGACACUUUAUGACUGUAUCACGUUUAGCAUUUUAUAAGACAGCAUCUAAAGAUGCAGGCAUAUUUAAUGUGGUCAUUUUUGCCUUAAUUUACAGGCAUUAGUUGUAUUAAAAUGGUGGCUUAUAACAGGAAUUUCUGUCUAAUGAAUCUAGGUAGUCUUUUCU